AUGGGCAGCAUCGCUACAGAUCAGAAUGAUUUGGAUGGCGAGGACAUACGGCCGCGUGUCCUUAAGAUUUUUGAUGCUGCGAAGAAGGAUGGGCGGGGUGUAUACGUCUCAGCGCCCAUGGUCCGCUACAGCAAGCUCCCUUUCCGCCUCCUCGCCCGGCACUCCCACGUGGACAUAACCUACACGCCCAUGAUGCUCGCACACGAAUUCGUCCGCUCCGCCACCGCCCGAAACUCCGAUUUCACAACCCACCCGCUCGAGCGCACCGCAACCCCCGACGGCCGACCCCACGCCCUCAUCGCGCAGUUCGCGUCCUCAGAUCCGGAGGAGUUUGCCCGCGCGGCGGAGCUGGUCGCGCCGUGGGUCGAUGGCGUGGAUUUGAAUUGUGGGUGUCCGCAGGGGUGGGCUUGUCGGGAGGGGAUUGGGUGUGCGUUGAUGGAGGAGGGGGAGUUGGUGGGGAGGAUUGUGAGGAGGGCGAAGGAGAGGUUAAGGGGAGGGGGGUGGAGGGUGAGUGUUAGUGUUAAGUGUCGGAUUCAUAAGGAUCUCAGUCAGACGAUCAGUUUCUUGGAGAAAGUCCAAGCAGCCGGUGUGGACUACAUCACGAUCCACGGCCGCCUGCGCUCGCAACGCUCCAGCACACCGCCCAAUUACGAAGCCCUGGCUCUGCUCCGCCCGCACAUAACCGUACCCUUCCUGGUGAACGGAGACGUCUACACCCUCUCUGGCGCCCAAAAGACCUUGAAACUCACCGGCGCCCACGGCGUCAUGGCCGCCCGUGGCAUCCUCGAGAAUCCGGGGAUGUUCACAGGCGAAGACCACGUCACUCCAGCGUUGCUGAUGGAGUUCUUGGAGUGGGUGGUGCGCUGUCCAAUCCCCUUCCCGCUGGUGCUGCAUCAUGUGACUGAGAUGGUGGGGCGGAUGGAGGGGACGACGAAGAAAGUCAAGAGGGAGGUUGUGGAGUGUGCGGAUUUGGUGGACUUAAUUGAUUUCGUGGAGGGGCGGUGGGGGAGGGGAUGA